GGUGGGGGGGACACGAAUAAAACUGUAUGGCAGCACGGUAACUUCGCCAAACAUCGCUUGACAUCUCUCGAUGUCAGGAAAUCAAAGCCAGCGAGAGAAUUAGAAAAAUAAAUUAUUAAAAAUGAAACUGACGGUCGCUCUCGUGCUGGCCCUAGCGGCGUUCGCGCAGGCGGAAAGUGACAACACCAUGGAGAUCGCGAUGAGUUUCGUGAAGGACUGCCAAGGAGAUUACUUUUUAUGUGUCAAGGAAAAGCUUCUCAAGAUCGUCGACAACCUAAGGGCAUCACGGAGCAUCACCAUUGCUGAUGGCAUCAUCCUCAAGAGCAAUCAGGAAAUGCGGGCCCCUAAGAAGUUGGACAGCCUUCCUGUCGACCCCUCAGCCAGAGACGUCGAGGUCAACUACAGACUCAUGGAUGGCGUCGUCAGCCUCUUCGAGACCCACGCCGUCGAAGUCAAGCUCAACCAAGCCGACAAAGAGACCCUGCAGAGGUCACUCGAAGAAGGUCGUGGCAAGAAGAACAAGGGUGGCGGUAUGAUGGGCAUCAUGGGUCUCCUCGGAGCCAAGGUGCUGUUCGGUAAACUGUUCAUCGUCAAGCUCAUCGCUCUGAAGGCCCUCGCCACCGCUAAGGUCGCUCUAGUCCUCGCCGUCAUCCUCUUCGUCGCGUACUGCUUCAAGCAUGACCACACCAAGACCACCUAUGAGGUCGUACCUCAUGCUCACCACCACGAAAGCCACCACCCCGUCCACGUGGAACACUCUUCCCAUGGAGGCGGCGGCGGUUACUCCAGCUACGGUUCCGAUUGGAACAAGAACCUCGACGAGGCCCAGAACUUGGCCUACAGUGCGUACGGCCACAGCAAAUAGAAACUUACCAAAACCACUUGCGAGGACCAAGUCCGUCAGACCUCUAUUGUACAAAGACUUAUUUAUUUAACUUAUUAAAUUAUUUAUAUUAACUUAUUGAAUGAACGAAUAAACCGUUGUGUUGAA